AGAAUAUCACCAGCCAGCUUGAGUUCUGGAUGGAGCGCAGUGCCAAGGAGGACCUUUACAGUAAGACUUUAUCAGACAGCAUCACAACGCCACCCAUGCUCAUUGUAUUCUACAAGCACCACUCAAACAUUGAUCCAAUGUGGCACGUCCGACACCUCGGGGCGACAGGAGCUGGUAAUUGGUAUUCACCUCAGUUUGUUAAGGCUGCCAAACUUCUCCAUUGGAAUGGACAUUAUAAACCAUGGGGAAGAGCCUCUUCUUUUUCUGACAUUUGGGACAAAUGGUACAUUCCAGAUCCCACAGGUAAAUUCCACCCAAUCCGAAGACACGCUGAGGAAAAAUAAACUCUGGUCUGGGCUACAUGAAAGGAGGAGGAGGAGGAGGAAAAGUAAUCGCUUUGCUGGAUGGACUUUCUCGCAGAUAUUUGAUUUUGCUCAAAGAUGUUUAAAGAGAUGUCUGGAUGCAAAAUAUGGGGCCUUCAUGAAACCUAAGAGUACCCAAGUUACUGGGACCAACAUUGGAAUGGAACAACAGCCAAGAGGCUACAUUCAACACCAAUGCACUACCUCAGCAUUCACUGUCAAAUUAUUAAUAACACUAAACCAUUUAGGGUACAACUUUAAAAUCUUCAUUUUAUAUACUACAUCCAUGCAAGUGUCUAGAUUUUUUUUUUUUAUUGGGUGAAACUGUGGACCCACUUUAUUCGAAAUUGAAUUUUCCAUUUCAUUAUUAAAUAUUUUAGACUGCUUUAGGGCUUAAGACACAAACCUGUGACACUUAACGUUUCAGAAUUUCUGUAUUUAACACUACAGGAGCCACUUUCCCCUUCUGUUACGUCUUCAGUGUUGUUUACUUUUCUAUGGAUGCACGUUUUGUUUUUGUUUUUUCUCUCUCUUCUCUCCACGUAUCAGCUGUCUUGUCCUCAACCCGAAGGGGAAAAUAUGCCAAUUUGUACAUAAAAGAAAAAGUGUUCUAACAAAGUAAUGAAUAAAGCUCAGUAUGUUUU